GUCUAGGUGUAACCUUGGCACCCAAUCGUGGGGACGAAGGCAGCAUCGCCUUUAUCCACAUCCACUUCACGAACACUAUUGUCGAAUCCCGCUAGAUAGAUAUUUCUUGUCCCCUGAGACGAUGCGAACAAUCGAUGCGCUACUGAUGCUCAUCAACAGGGGGAAAGAGAGUUUUACGAGUAAAAUCCCGUCAACGACCGGAGAUUUCGGAUACGAACCAAACCCAACCAACGCACGAUGCAUCAUUAAGCAAAAUCAGCGCCAUACGUCCAACGGUGGGUAUCCAAGAAUGAAAUGCUAUCUCGCUGGAACGCUGGAAGAGUCGAUACGUCCAGGGCACCCUACUUUGAAAUAUGCACAAGUGAAAGUGCGUGCCCCAUAGAACAUCCAAUGUGGCGUCGACUUCUUCCACUCUCGGCAUUUCAAUGGUAUACAGAAAUGACGGAAUGCAAAGUACGCACUCCAGUUGCGCAGAUUGCGCAAGCUUGGAAUGUAUUUUCUCAGCAUUAAUCAGAACUGAUUUAUGGAAUGUAUCGAUCGGCUCAGUGGUAGUACUGACCGAUUCGAGCGUGGCAUGCCCUAAUGGGCUGCAGUAAGAGACUAUCGACUCUUUCGACACUACGGCUUACUAUGCUAUGUGGCAAGUGAUAUUUACCGUUCCCGAAUGCUUAUACUUUUGCAAUCAACUGCGCACGAUGAAUCAUCUGUUACCAGUCGCGCCAGCUAAAAUCACCUUUGCGAAGUCAUCGAAUUCACGUCAAGAAGAUGCUCACCAUGUAGCGUGUGCAUCAACACGGCACCAAGCCGUCAAAGGUUGACUGUCAAUGCAUUUAAGCUAACUACAAAUCUGCCAUCGUCGUCACUACUUAACUACAUUUGCGCUAUGUAUGGACGAGAUCGUCGUUCCUUGCGAAUCAUGGUACCCUUUGCUCAACCAUAUGAGGGAUCCCUCAAAGAUGUUGUCACCAUCAUACCGAUCAAGUUCUUGUUGGUAUGCGCACCGCAAAACUUACUCAAAUAUCGAGCAGUGAUAGAUUAUCGGGGUGUUUUUGUGGAUGAUUAUGAUCUCAAACUUCAAAUCAAGUUUAAGGUUCAUGAUUCUUCGAUCGGUGGUCAUCGCGGACGUGAAAAUUUAUAUAUCAUACCAUCCCGCGACUUUUAUUAGCCACGCCAACAUGAAAUCGUGCGUGCUUGCGAGCUCUGACCUCUAUACCUGUCCCAAAGGAUUACUGAGACGCGGAUUUGAUAAAUUUUGCCUUUCCCAUCUACUCGUGAUCACGCUUACGGUCUGAAAUUUGUGAAUAAUUUGUUCAGGAAUGUUCACCGUGUCUACGGUUUUGGGUUACACUUUAAACUGUAGGCAACUAAAUCGAUCGCAGCG